UUUGACCUAAUUUUACCGUUGUUUAUUGACAAAUACAACAAUUUACUCGUGUUUCAUAAUCUGUCCUAAUUGCUUUGGAGUUACGAAUUUUAUAAUGAAAACGUUAAAACCUUUGCUUUUCAGAAGUUUACAUAAUUUGAAUAUACGUUCAACUUACUCCACAAAAGCGAAAAUAGAUGAAAUGAUCAGGGUGAACCAUGCCGGAGAAUUGGGGGCAGAUCAGAUUUAUGCAGGACAAAUGUCAAUCCUAGGUGGAACAUCGAAGGGGCCCCUCAUUCAGCAUAUGUGGGAGCAAGAAAAGAAGCAUCGUCAGAAAUUUGAAGAACUUAUACCAAAGUAUAGAACUCGCCCAACUGUUAUGGUACCAAUUUGGAAUGUAGCUGGUUUUAUAUUAGGUGCCAGUACUGCUCUUAUGGGAGAAAAAGCAGCAAUGGCAUGUACUGUUGCUGUUGAAACUGUGAUAGUAGAACAUUAUAACGAUCAGAUUAGAACAUUACUGGACAAUCCAGAAACUAACAAAGAAUUACUUGAAACAAUUAAGCAAUUUAGGGACGAAGAACAAGAACAUCAUGAUACAGGCAUUCAAGAAGGAGCUGAGCAAGCUCCAUUUUAUUCUACACUAACAGAGAUCAUCAAAAUAGGAUGUAAAGGCGCAAUAGCUAUUUCAAAAGUCAUUUAAAACAAAGACGAGUUUGGAAAUUUUUCAUUGUGAUUGCUAAUACUAUUCAACUUGUUAUUUUCAGGAAUUAUCAAAUGUUUUAUGUACAUAUUUGAAACAACCAACCUAUAUUUGGGAGGAUAUCUUUAUGGAAAUAAAUAAUAAUAUAUGAUCAGUUAUAAA